ACGGUCAUACUAGCCAAUAAAAAAUUUGUGUGCGUGUGUAUUCAUCUGGCAUCGAAGCGAGGAAAAUAAACAAUUGGCAUACAAUAACUGAUAGCUGCGAGUCGUCCAACAACCGAAGACCAUGUCCGCCUACUACAGCCACUACACGGGCGACAACUACGAUGACGAAUCGAUCGGCGACGAGCGCAGCGAGGAAGACACGGACGACGCCAGCGAGACGGAGUUCCGCAGCCCGAGUCGCUAUGGCGGCACCAACGGCACCUCCAACAGCAAUAGCAACAGCCUCGGCACCAACAGCGAACUCAAAGAGCAGAUGUACCAGCACAAGCUGCUCAAUCUGCAGAAGCAAAUGGAGGAGCUGGGCCAACUGAUCCACCCCGAGUACAUAAAGCGCGUCAAGAAGCUGGAGAACCAGUUAAAAGAGCGAAGACGCCUGAACGAAAUCUACAAGGACUACAUGCGCGAUUGCGUCGAGCGGGACUACGUGCUGGAGAAAAAGGCCGCCCAGAAGGAGUACGAUGAGAAGAUGAUGGACCUCAAGGAUAAUCUCAUUUCGGACUUCGAGGACCGCAAGCGUCAGAUCGAAAACGAGCGCUUCAGCCUCGAGUUGACCAACGAUUCGAUGGAGAUCAAGACCACAGUGACGCGCAAGCUGCGUCGUCGCCCCAACGAACCACUGCCGGUUAUCGAGAAGCGUCGCAAACCGGCCACGGGACAACUGCUGGUCUACCAACUGGACGACAAGGAGAUUGAAUCGGACCUUAAGCUCAUACAGCGCGGCAAGCCUCUGACGCCCAAUGUCCUGCAACAGAAUGGCAUAGGCUCUUAUGGCGGCGGCAAUCAGCAGCAGCAACCUGUGCACGGACUUUUGGCCGAGCCGCCUGCAAACACUGGCUAUGUGGAAACCCGCAUCGAGGACAACAAGCUGCUGUACGAGCGACGAUGGUUCUGCCGCGGCCAACAGGUUUACGUGGAGGGCAAGGAGAUGAGCAAGUUUGCGGCCACCAUCACCGCCAUCGGCAACGAAGUGGUUUGGGUAAAGCGCACGAACGAGACCAAGGUCAAGAUCAACAUGUCGCACCUCGCCAAGGGUAAGAUCUCGAUAAAGCGGCGAUAGCUCCGCCUUCGGUCCGGGCGACUCCACAUCUCGCCUGGCCCCUUGCCUCCGUUGAGAGGUCCGUCGUCAUAAAUUCGUUGGACUUUGGGGAGGGAAAGGGUUUUCACUUUCGAGCAAUCAAAUUUUUUUUUCGUUUACCCAAAAUUGAACUACAAAUCACACAUCAUUGUGAAAAUUUGGCCCAAUAGUGUACAAAAACUUCACAAAAAAUUGCCUCAUUCAUAUUCGAGUAUGUGAAGCUCUUAACCCUUCCUAAGUGAAGCAAUAGACUAGAUGUACAUUUAAAUAAUAACAAUAACAUAUUGUAAAUAAAACAACAUUUAUUUUGCAUUAAAAGAUAUAUUUGUAGAUUGCAAUUCAAUGCAAUGUGUUUCUGAAAAUAUAAGGAUACUUACUUUGUCCAACAUAUACAUAAGUAAUAUGUUAGUUUUGAAUACACAUUAUUGUUCACAGCUUCACAUACCCAAGACCAGAAAUGUUAGAAAUUAGAAUAUAUCCUUCAAUGCCCAUUAGAUUGAUUACUUUAGUUAUAAACUGAAGCACAACAAAAAGAUUUUACGCCCUGAUAGAAGUUUUCAACAGAUAAAAAGUAUUUAUGUAAAUUAAAUGACUACA